AUGGAGGCGCGAAGGACUUGGGAUGGUGUGCCACUGGGAGAGUCCCAUUCGCCGCCACAAUCUGUGCCUGGUAGAAGAACGCCGCUGGGGGCUGUCGGCCUUGGUGGUUUCUACAUGCAAGGUGGCCAGCCCCCUCCGCCUCCACAGCAUUGUUAUCCCACUGAUGAAAAUCAACCUGAACCUGGCACCAGCUAUGCUCAGAGGCCGAUUGGAGAUGGCAAAUCUAAACAAAAGAUGCGGCAAGGGAAAAGCGUACGACUGAACAUAAACGCGAGAGAACGAAGAAGAAUGCAUGACCUGAAUGACGCACUAGACGAGCUCCGGAGCGUCAUCCCCUACGCUCACUCGCCGUCGGUGAGGAAGUUGUCCAAAAUAGCCACUCUUCUGCUAGCCAAGAACUACAUCCUCAUGCAGGCCAGUGCUCUUGAAGAACUAAGAAGACUGGUGGCCUACCUCCAAGGCACUGCGACGGCGGCCGGCAUCGUGCCACCUCCCGGGUUCGACCUGGCCGGCUUCCCCGCCGCCGCCAAGCUGCUACAGCCACCAACUGGGCCACCAGCUCCGCCCGAACCGCCUUCCUGA